GGCCUCUGUGUUCAGGAACAGGGGCCGGUGACUUCCUCAGCAACUGAAGCCAGAAGCACAUUGGGAAUGCUUUUUCCUUCUCAUGCAGCAUCGAUCUGCCUCCCAAAACCCUGGGCAGCUGGAGAAUAAACACUGUAGCUGUUGCUCAUCUCGAAGGAUUCAGAUGCAGGCAAAGUACAACAGUACAUUGGAUAUGCUGGAUGAUGAUGGGGAGACCACCCUAAGCCUGCAUUCCCAAGCCCUCACCAUUUCUCAGAGACCAGAGAGCAAGAACACAGGAUACCCAACCGUUUCUCCAGCUUGGCGCCCAGCUGCUCUAAUUCUGUUGAGUUUGUGCCUGGUGUUGCUGAUUGGACUGGGAGUGUUAGGACUUGAAUUUUUUCAGAUCAAUCAACUCUCAAUCACUCAGAGGGAUAUCCUCACUCAAAAGGAAGAAAAGUUGGGAAACUUUUCUAGACAACUACAUUCUCUCCAGGCUCAGAACAGGAAGCUCACAGAUACUCUGCUGCACCUGGCUAAAAAGCUCUGUCGGGAGCUCUAUAACAAAACUGGAGAACACAAAUGCAGCCCCUGCCCAAAGAAAUGGAAAUGGCACAAGGAUAAUUGCUACUGUUUCUCUAAGGAGAGCAAUACUUGGCAAGACUGUGAACAUUUCUGCACUGCUGAGAACUCCACCCUUCUGAAGAUAGAGACACAAGAUGUUCUGGAAUUUGUGAUGCCUCAGAGCUACUCUCAGUUUUUCUACUCCUAUUGGACAGGGCUGUCCCGCAAUGGCAGUGGCAAUCCCUGGCUGUGGAUAGAUGGAUCUCUCCAUUCCUCUGACCUGUUUGAUAUUGCUGUUGACUUCAGCAGCUUAAGGAACUGGGACUGUGUGACGAUAUUAAAUGGAAGGGCUUUCUCAAAGGACUGUAGGGAGCUGAGGCGCUGUGCUUGCCAGAGAACAGCAGCAAUGGUGAUGCCAGAGUGGCUGGAAUAGUCUUCCUAAGGAAUGCAUGGAGAUAAAUGGACUCUCAAACAUACCUACAAGCCAAAAAAGAUGCAGGCCAAGCAGGGAGAAAGGACAAGAGCUCUCUGAAUCACUGAGAUCACUAUGGAUAGAAGAGCAGGUCUCUCUGGCCAGUAAAAAAUGGAUCUUUUUCAUGGAAACUGCCAAGAAGUAUCAGCCCCAUAUACCAGGGUUUUACCCCAAACUUUUCAACCAGAUAAAAAUCCAAUUUUGUUACCUUGUCUUGCCCUAGACUCACAUCUUCUACAACCUGGGCUUGUUUUUAAUUCUCAACACCCUGAUUUUCCCCUUUUGUACUGGUUGCUCAUAUCCUUCUGCUGUCAUUCCUAGUACUUUUUAAAGGAAAAUGAGAAAUCUGGGGGCAAAAGUCAUGCAACUAACAGAAAAUUCUGUGUCCCAAAGAACAACCCCCAUUAUACUUUUUUGUUUGUUUGAUUUAUGGUACACCUGCAAUUCAUAACACCUGAAUUAUUUUCCUCCUUUGAGAAUCAUUUAACCACCCAAGGAUUUUUCCUUUACCCCAGUGGUCUCCAGGGAGGAAAGUUUAUCUGAGGCCUACAGAAGCCAAGGAUAUCUAUUUUAGAUCACUAUGGGAAGGAAUAAGACUCAUUUCCUCCUUUCAUGCACUUGGGAGUUCAGAGAAAAGUAAGGUUCCAGAUGUCUCUCUUUACAUGGGAUUAGUGACUUUUAAGCACCUUUUCCCACUAGAUAAUUACCAUCAAUCCUUUCAGGUACUUGUAUAAAAAGAAAUGUGUGUGUAUAUACUAACUGUGAGGUGGAUUUACACUGGUAUUCAGUGCUCGCUGCCAUGACCUCUACUGUGAGGGGAAAAGGUUCCAUGACAAGAGUAUUAAGGACAGGUUAUAAAUGAUUGAACUUAGGAUAGAGCACCGGCCCUGGAGUCAGGAGUACCUGAGUUCAA